CUACAUUAAUACUUGGCUGUUAUUUUUUCGUGUACAUUUUGCUGAAUUUAUGGAUUAAUUUAUUAAAAUUAUAGAUGAUGAUUGUGUGAUAUUAUAUUGAAAAUGAGGGGUCUUUGUUUAUUAGUGUUAACUGCUGUUGGAUUCGUACUGUCUAUCGAACAUGAUUACAAGGGAUUCGAUGAUAGUAUAUUGUUUGGUAUUAACUGGCCCGGUGCUGAUGAAGCCUUGGAAAAUCUAGUCGAUGGGGAAACAAAACCACAGAACAAAGAAAUUCACUUAGUAACAACGUCAAACAAAGAGAAAUAUGAGUGUCACUUGCCAGAGCUACGAACCAAAGAGACCGCAAGGAUAGAAGAGUAUGAAGGACCAUCUCCAAUUGAGUUGCUAAAGCCACUGUUUGCUCAGAAGAUAUGCUCAUAUCGCCUGGAAAGCUAUUGGAGCUAUGAGGUUUGCCAUGGGCGUUAUAUAAGGCAGUACCAUGAGGAAAGAGAAGGCAAAGUUGUGAAGACUCAAGAGUACUUUCUGGGCCACUGGAGCAUGGACAAACAAACCAAGCUGGAGGAGCAGGCUAAAGUGCCACAGGAAUCCAUAGUACCUCCUCGGACCACUAAGGUUGAAGGCAUGGUGCUGCCCUAUGUGGAGAUGGUUAUGGAUGACGGCACGCUCUGCGAUCUCAGCAACAAACCGCGCGUGACCCGCGUCCAGUACGUUUGCUACGCGCACGGCAAGCACGAGGUGUACUCCUUCAAGGAGACGUCCACCUGCGAGUAUGAAAUCAUCAUACUAUCGCCUUUGCUCUGCGAACAUCCUCAGUUUAAAUCCAAAGAAGUUGGCGAAAACAUAAUUAAUUGCAUUCCGAUUGGAGACUCGCCAAAGAAACCUAGAAGUUUACUGAAAGCGGAGGUGGAUAGCUUGAGGUUCCAUCAUCAGACUAUUAGACUGAGCAAUGACGGAGACGCUAAGGACAUACUAGCGGUGUUGAAAGUUGAGAAAAUUGAAAAGGAUGGUGAAACGCACUUGAAGUUCGAAUUGCACCCACUGGGCGAGGGCGAGGGCGACGACCUCGCACAGGAGAGCGCCAAGGCCACGCAGGUCGCCGAGAAACCCCUGCCCAUGAUAUCCGACGACUCGCCCGUCAGAGCCUUCCUCAACGGAGAGAACUGUCUUAAUGGGGGCACCGGGUGGUGGAAGUACGAGCUCUGCUACGGGCAGCACGUGGUGCAGUACCACGUGAACCGCAACGGCGAGAAGACCACGCUGAUGCUGGGCCGGUUCAAUGAGCAGGCGCAUCUCGAGUGGAUCAAGGAGAACAAGGCCAAGGCGCCCAAGCCUAUAGGUCAGCGCACUUCUAUAACCCACUUCUACUCCGGCGGGGACAUCUGCGAUAAAACCGGAAAGCCUCGGCAGACCGAAGUAAAGCUAAAAUGCCUGGAAAACUCCUCGAGCUCAGCUCAAGUCUCCUUAUAUCUCCUAGAACCAAGAACCUGCCACUACAUUCUCGGAGUGGAGUCCUCACUUAUAUGUGACAUAUUGCCGUAUGCCGACGACAAUGGAGUGAUCAAGUCCAACCCGUUGUCAGGGAAGAGAGAAGAAGUAACUGAACCAAAGGAAGAAGGAGAAGUAAGACCGGAGGCGAUGCCAAAACUAGGAAAUGAUUAGAAUAAAGUAUAGGACUAAUUUGAAGA